AGACCGUAUUCGGGGUCUUUCUUAGACAGCACGGGCACACUGCUCGUACUUGAUUAUUUAAUAAACAUAAGCAAUUUUAUUCCAUUUUAUGAAAUAAAAUCCGGCCGCCCAAAUGAGACACGUGCAAUUUCUGGCCCGCACUGUGUUGGUGCAAAACAACAAUGUGGAGGAGGCGUGUCGCCUGCUGAACCGCGUUCUGGGCAAGGAGGAGCUACUCGACCAAUUCCGCCGCACGCGAUUCUACGAAAAGCCCUAUCAGGUGCGUCGCCGCAUAAAUUUCGAGAAGUGCAAGGCCAUCUACAAUGAAGACAUGAACCGAAAAAUCCAGUUCAUAUUGCGCAAAAAUCGCACCGAGCCCUUUCCAGGAUGCAGUUAGUGAUAGUCCCCUGUUAAUCUAAUUUUUCUGCCAAUAAAAUGUAAGAAACCGCAGAA